GCAAAGGGAACACACUGGCAAGUGUCUUCUGUUGACAUGACAGAUUCUCCUGGUAGUUCACACAAUGUUCAAAAGGCACAAGUCCCUUGCUUCAGAACGCAAGAGAGAAAUAUUUUCCCGAGGAGCUACACGGUCCAUCCUGAAGAAUGACUUGAGAAACUUCCACUGUUUGUCGCAUUUUGUGCUCUCAGCGGGCCCUCUAAAAUCAAUUCCAGUAGUUAAACAUUCAAAAACUACGCACUUUGAGAUUGAAGUACUUGAUGCUCAAACAAGAAAGCAGAUAUGUAUUGUGGAUAAGGUGAUACAAACAUCUACUAUUCAUGAUGUUAAACAAAAAUUCCACAAAGCAUGUCCGAAGUGGUACCCUUCUAGAGUUGGCCUGCAGCUAGAACGAGGUGGGCCCUUUUUGAAGGACUACAUAACCAUUCAAAGCAUUGCAACUUCCUCCAUUGUCACUCUCUAUUUUACAGACCUAGGUCAACAGGUCAGUUGGACUACAGUAUUUUUGGCUGAAUACACAGGACCUUUGCUGAUAUAUCUCCUCUUUUAUUUGAGGAUCCCAUACAUAUAUGACAUGAAAGAGAGCUCUAGAAGAUUGCGCCACCCAGUGGUACAUGUGGCUUGCUUCUGUCAUUGUAUACACUAUAUCCGCUAUCUUUUGGAAACCUUAUUUGUCCAUAAAGUUUCUGCAGGACAUACACCUUUGAAAAAUUUGAUAAAGGGCUGUGCCUUUUAUUGGGGAUUUACUUCUUGGAUUGCCUACUAUAUUAAUCACCCACAGUAUACACCACCAUCAUUUGGAAACCGGCAAGUCACACUAUCUGCUAUCAAUUUUUUGAUUUGUGAAGCUGGAAAUCAUUUCAUCAAUGUAAUUUUGUCUCAUCCUAAUCACACAGGAGUUAAUGCCUGUUUUCCAAGUCCAAAUUAUAACCCCUUCACAUGGAUGUUUUUUCUGGUUUCAUGUCCUAACUACACCUAUGAGAUUGGAUCAUGGAUUAGUUUCACUGUCAUGACACAAACACUGCCAGUUGGGAUUUUUACACUUCUGAUGAGUAUCCAGAUGUCUUUGUGGGCACAAAAGAAGCAUAAGAUUUAUUUGAAGAAAUUCAAUUCUUAUAUGCAUAGAAAAUCAGCCAUGAUUCCAUUCAUACUGUAGUAAAAAUAACUUAUCUCAUGUAUAUAAAAAUAGUAUAUAAAUUCACUAAAUCAAACUUGGUCAAUAGUUGACUAUUAUGUAAUGGAAAUUCAAAACAAACAGUACUUUUAUUGAAUAAAAAUAUUAAAUGGUAGAUUCUAGCUAACUUUAGAGUAAUAAACUUGAGGCAAAUAAAAAGUAGAAACUGUAGAUAUGACUAAUAAAAGAUACAUCCAAAUA